CCCCUGGUAAUGGGGGAACAGGUACGGGCAACUGCUCCUGCAAGAUCCCUUGAAUCUGUAGGAAGGAGUCUCAGAGGCUACCGGGACUGGGCUGUAUGAAAACUCGCAGAGGAAAUGCCAGCUGGGAUUGCUCGAGGUCUGGAGGAAACUGGCUUAUCCUUACAGCAGGAGGAGGAGGAAGAAGAUGUCAUUGAUGAGUUGGAAGAUCAUCCGUGUAUCAAGUGGACUGGUGGUGGCUGCAGGCGGAUCCCCAUCUUGGUGUUUCAUGCAGAAGCCAUUCUGACCAAUGACAGCUACCUCCGCCUAAUUGGAGAACGCUACCACUUGUCCUAUAAGAUUGUGCAAGCAGAUGGCCGUCUGGUUCGAAGCAUUCUGACUGCCCAUGGAUUCCAUGAGGCGCAACCUGGUAGCAGCGAUUACAAUCUCAUGUGGACAGGAUCACACUUGAAGACCUACUUGCUGCGUUCUCUGACAGAUAUUCAGAAAGUCAAUCACUUCCCUAGGUCAUAUGAACUGACACGGAAGGACAGACUGUACAAGAAUGUCAGUCGUAUGCAGCUGGCCCAUGGAUUCAAAACAUUCCAUAUCUUACCUCGGACCUUUAUCCUUCCAACAGAGUACCAGAACUUCUGCAGUACCUAUUCUAAGGACAGAGGUCCGUGGAUAGUGAAGCCUGUGGCCUCUUCCAGGGGUCGAGGUGUCUACCUCAUAAACAAUCCAAGCCAGAUUGUCCUGGAAGACAACAUCCUGGUUUCUCGUUAUAUCAGCAACCCCUUACUCAUAGAUGAUUUCAAGUUUGAUGUGCGCCUCUAUGUUCUGGUUACAUCCUAUGAUCCACUUGUCAUCUAUCUCUAUGAGGAAGGAUUGGCCAGGUUUGCAACAGUGAGGUAUGACCAGGCAUCCAAGAACAUUAAAAACCAGUUCAUGCACCUGACCAAUUACAGUGUCAACAAGAAGAGUGGAGAUUAUGUCAGCUGUGAUGAUCCUGAGGUAGAGGAUUAUGGAAGCAAGUGGAGCAUGAGUGCAAUGCUGAGGUACUUAAAACAAGAGGGGAAAGACACUGCAGCACUGAUGGCUAGUGUGGAGGACCUGAUUAUCAAGACUGUGAUUUCUGCUGAGCUGGCCAUUGCCACAGCUUGUAAACAUUUUGUUUCACAUCGUGACACCUGCUUUGAGCUGUAUGGUUUUGAUGUCCUUAUUGAUGACACUCUCAAGCCCUGGCUGUUGGAAGUAAACCUAUCCCCAUCGUUGGCCUGUGAUGCUCCUUUGGAUCUGAAGAUCAAAGCUAGCAUGCUCUCAGAUAUGUUUACCCUUGUAGGCUUCGUCUGCCAGGAUCCAAGCCAACGCUCAAGCCGGGACAAUUGUUCAUCUGAAUCUGUCAGGAGAAAUCUGUAUCAGAAGCUGCAGUGUAGCAACACAACUGGAACAGAGAAUCAUGGUGCUGGUACCACUGAGGUGUUAAUCCAAGUGUAUUUGGGGCCUGUGAGUGUGAACACUGGCUCUAAUGUCCUUUGGCGUACCCGUCCUCUGUCUGCCGGUGAUGCUGAAGUGAAAAACUCAAUGCCCUCAGGCAGGGAAAAAGUAACAGGAAGGCAAGGCACCUCUGUGCUAGGUCUCUCAAUGGAAGAGAUAAAAGUUCUUUGUCGAGUGAGAGAAGAGAAUGAACGGAGAGGAGGCUUCAUCCGGAUAUUCCCUACCCCAUUAACAUGGGGACUUUAUGGAUCCUUUUUACAGUACAAGACAUCAAUGAACUACAUGCUGGCUACACAUCUGUUUAAGGACAGGGGCAAGAUGAAAAGAAACUUCCCCACUGGGAGAUGCCGAGCAGGUCUCAAUGAAAAGCUGGAUAUGAGGCUUGAAGCUAUAGACUCUCAUGCUCUCUUUUACGAGAGAAAGCUUGUUUCACUGGAGUUACGAAAGCGCCAGCGAUGCAAUGGCAAGUCUAAAGCAGCACAGACAGGAUCACCAGGGACAUCAGAACCAAUAAAGUUGUCCCUCAAGUCAGAUGCAGAAGGUGAGGAAGAAGAGGAGGUAGAUACAGAUGAAGAUGAGCUAGAUAGAACUGUUGGCUCUGUUUUGGACAGUGAGGUGAAAAGUAAGCCAAAGCUCUCUGACUUGGUGAGAACUGCUAGUAAGGAGAGGUUGCCGAAAAAGCUUGACAAGAAACCUGGAGAUGGAGGAGAUCUGUUUCCUCAGAAAACAAACAUUCAGAUCAACUUGCUGCAAACUCUUCAAAAGCAUGGAAACCUGAGCAAAGUGCAAGCUCGCAGGGCUUUCUCUGCCUAUCUACAGCAUGUUCAGUUGCGACUGAUGAAGGAGGCUGGUGACCAGAUCCAGAAUUCUGCCUGGACUGCCAAAGAAGAUGAGCAAAUGGAGCUUGUGGUACACUUCCUAAGGCGAGCUGCCAGCAAUCUUCAGCAGUCCUUGAAGAUGCUGCUCCCCAGACGUCAUUUAGGAAUAAAUGAUCGUCGUCGUAUCCUGGCUUACCAGCUGGGCAAGUUCAUAACCUGUUAUAACAAGGAAACAGAGCAGAUGGUUCAGAAGCAAUCAAAAAAGAAACAGGAAGAGGAGCAGGGAAUGAAUCCUGAACUUUUUCAGAACUUCAUUAGCAAGGCAAGUGAAAGUGACUUGGCGGAAGUGCUGACGUUUUACACACAGAAAAACAGGUCAACAAAUGUCUCCCUAAGAAAAAACUCCACAAGCAGAAAAUGCAGCAACACCAGUAAUGAGUCAGAGAAACAGCCUCCGGAGCAGCAUCCUGAGCUGGUGAAAAAAAUAAAAGGUGAUCAGUCCAAAAUUUCAGUUGCAGAACUGCCUGCAGAAAGAGCAUUAAAAGGCUGUAAACCCAAAGAAGGUAAAUCAACCUUUUCAGAAGAACCCAUCUUCUCCUUAAACCCUGAAGUGAAAUUACCUCGGUGUGGCCCUUCUAGUGCUUCUUCCUCUACUUAUGGUGCCACAUUCCAGAGAAGUACCAGUUCCUGGACACCAUCUCAGCCUUCAGCCUCUGAAAAAUCCCAGGUACCUGGUCCAUUGCCAACUCCUCCAGCUGGUCCCAGGUUGAUUCAGGCCCCUUCCUCACUACCAUCCUUGCAGAGCACAGCUCCUGACAGCUCCUCUGUCUUCAUAAACCCAGUGUCCAGUGAGGCUCUAUCUAGCCUUGCAGGAUCACAUUGUUGUCAUUCUGGUAGCUACACUGUUGGCUCAUUCUCAUCUUUUCAGACUGCUGCUCAGAUCUACAGCCAAAGAUUGUCCCGACCGUACUCUGCAAAAAUAGGUUUGUGCCAUUGCAGUUCAAGUGGACAGCAUGUGGGCUCAGCCAGGACGCACAAAGAUGCAGAAGAGACUUCUUCCCAGGACAGUAGUAAUAACCCCGGUAUGGUAGCAGCAGAACUGCAGCAGGUGGCAGAAAAGCAGGUAGGCUGUCAGCAUUCCCCACCACACCACAUCAGUCUCCUUAUACAGCAGUUAACAAACCUGAACUUGGCAAGUGGAGCUAUAAGCAAGGGGAAUGCAGCCACCCCACAGAGCUACCAGUCAUCACUCAACAAAAGAGGGUCAUUGUUGGCUGUGCAGUCAGAUGCCCAUAGAGCUGACAAAAGGCCUGUCUCUUCAGCUGUCAGGGCUCCAGAGAAUCAUCGUUUUGCCUGGGAAGGAGAGAUGGAGGACAGUGUCUACAACAAGGUGACAUGGAGUCCACUGGCACAUCGAACUUACCAUCUCAAUUUUGCUCUGCAACAACUUCAGGAGCUUAAACUUCAGUCACAACAGCUGUUGGAGCAAAGCCAGGCCCGGCACCAGACUCUCUUUGCCAACUACUCACAAUUCAGCACCAGCCAUAUACCUAUGCCAGCUGGCUCUGAUGCCCACAAGACAUCAAGUGCCACUUCUAGUAUCCAGAAAAUACCCAGUUUGCACAAAGUGAUGCCAUCCCAGAGUACGCCUUCUCAGCUGAUUCCAAAGCCUCCAGCAAACCACAGGCAGGCAGUGGUCGGAAAGGCUGCAGCCCAGAGGAUUUCCAGGGUGUCUUCCAUUGAAAGGCAGCUGAACCGAUUCCAGAACAGUGAUGCAUCCUGUGAGCCAGGGACAAAUUCCACAGAAAAUCUACAGGUAGGCUGUGUAUUUCUAAAGGUUUUUAUAUCCAAGGUUGUUGUAUGGUCCUUCCUAAGAAGGUCAGCCUCUGCUCAAAGAGGAGGAUUAACACUGAACACCAGCUGAGGAAUCCAGGGGGUUGGGGCAAAGGAAGAAGCGGCAGUGACUUCAUACCACCACCCUUCCAAACACCCAGGAAAGAGUGAAGAGGAGGCCCUGGUGAGAGGACAACCCACAGAGGAGAGCAUCUGAACAUCUGUAGAAGAUGAUGAUACAUCUGCAAGCUGAGGUGAAUGACUGCCUCUGAGAGCUUCCGCUGCCGAGUCGUGGGGUUCCCUUCCUCCCACUUCUU